AGGGGCUCCCGACGCCGCCCGCGAGCUCAGGCAGAGGAGUGGGAGCCGGGGAGGCGCGGGGCGCCGAGCGUGGAGGGGGCUUGCCCUGUGACACCGGCAGCCCGACUCCUCUCCUGGGGUGGCCUCGGGUCCCAGAGGCUCCGCUCCCUCCCGAGCCGCCUCGCCAACUCUCCCCGGCUCCCAGCGGUUGAGCUCCUUGUUCUGGUCACCUCCGAAUGUGUCCCCUUCGCGCAGGCGAGCAGCUUCCGCUGCCCGUCUCUGUCUAUUCUCCGGGCGACUCCUCGGGGCUACAGUAGGACGCCGUGUCCUUGGUCCCGGGAUGACCCGCUUCUAUCCCGGACACGGGGCGCCGGGGAGGACUGCCCUCGCGUCUGCGGCUGCAGAGAUGGGUUGAUUCCCCUGCUCAAGUGCAGGCACUUCUACACUUUGCGGAGUGUGUCUCUGGGUGCACGCUCGCCUUUGCGAAAAAGGUUAUUCUCGCCUUUGCGGUGCCUCCGGUCACGUUCGUGUCUGUUGGGCGCCCACCUGGAUUUCUAGGGUCACCCUCCCUUUCUGAGGACUCGCGGCGCGCACACUGACUGCCCGCGUUGUACCUUACCUGCCUCGCGUGCGUCUUCACGGGUCCCCGGCGGCACUAAAUCCGAGCAAGUUCUACUGGCGCGGAACAGGCUGCCGUUCCCCAACCGCGAUUUUCCGAGUCUUUGUUGGAAAACGCAUCAGCUUCCUCCCCGUUUUCCCUGAUCUCAUGAGACGCUGGAAUCCCGCGUUUUCCUGACGAGGUCCGUGGACCAUGGGCAGACUGUCUGAUUUCUAAUUGAGGAGGAAGGCAAAGCGCUUUGAAGAGCUCACCACACACACCUUUAUGGUUCUCUUUAAAGAAGCCUCACUGAAGUGUCAAUGAACACCUCGUACCUGUCGCCUUUGCUUGGAAACUGAGAAGCUCUGCUGUGCUGCAGUGCUUGCUGAUGCUAUCACAGCAGAAGGAAUGCUGGUUCUGUCCCUUUUAAGCCCUGUGUGAAACUGACGUUUCAUACACUGCAUUCUGUGACCUUCCGUAACGAUGUCUGCACCUGACUCCCCUUCUGCAUUCUCAGGGAGUGUGGAGAACGGGACUUUCCUCCAGCUGUUUCCCACAUCCCUGUCCACAUCGGUGGACCCGUCCUCGGGCCACCUGUCAAAUGUCUACAUCUAUGUGUCCAUAUUCCUCAGCCUGUUAGCCUUCCUGCUCCUGCUUUUAAUCAUCGCCCUCCAGAGGCUCAAAAAUAUCAUCUCCUCCAGUUCCUCCUACCCGGAGUAUCCAAGCGACGCUGGGAGUUCUUUCACCAACUUGGAAGUCUGCAGUAUUUCCUCGCAAAGGUCCACUUUUUCGAACCUUUCCUCCUGAAGAAAAUGGAAGAAUCUUUCAGUGCCGUGGCUGCUGAAGUUUUCCCUCAGGGGAAAUAUCACAGGAAGCAGGCACCUCAGGAAAGAAAUGCCCAUUUUGUUCCUUUUCACCAAUUAGACCUGGUUCUCCUCCUCCUUCAGCCCUGAUUUCUUUUUCUGUUCAUGUUGCUUUUUGUUGUGAAUGUAGGAGUUGAUGCUGACAGAAAUGCUUGCAUGGUGAGGAAUUUCACCUAGACCACUUGAACCUGCAGCUGGCUUCUUGGUGGGGCAGGCCACCCUGCUGGACACCUGAGGCUGAACUCACCUGAGGCGGCCUCGCAGAGGAAGCUGGGUCAGGGCUCUGCACUUCUGUUUCUCUUACAAAACCAUGAAACCAACGGAGCCAGCAGUAGAAGAUAUUUUACAUAUUUAAAAGAUAAAGUGGAAAACACCAAGUUUAAAAAAAAAAAUCAGUUUGGAUUUCAUGUAUAACAUCUCUACAGCCAGAGGCAAAAAUAUGCUGUGUUUUAUUUCAUUUCACUUUAACCAAUGAAAAUCACAUUUAUUGAUGAAUUAAGGUAUAUAUGGAGAAGUUCUGGAAGACUUUAACUUUUAAUAGCAAGACAAUAUGUGUUAUGAUGCCGUUUGUAACAUAUUUCUGCUUUUCGGGUUUUUUUCCUACUUAUGUUAUAGUCUUAAUGACUCUAUGUUUGUGGAAUUCUUUGUGAUAAUUGCUGUUGCUAUUCCUAAGACAGGCACCAGAACAGACACUGGAAAUUUUUAUUUUGUAUCCAUAAUUUCCAUCUGGGAAUCAUACAUACGGAAAAUAAUCAUUUAGUUGUAUUUUGCACAGUAAUAACUCCUCGUGGUUGUGAAAGUAUGUUCUUUUAUUCAGUAUCACAGUCUUCAUAAGCUCAGUGCAGAAUUAUAUUAACUCCAAGAUGUUAGAUGUCUGUUCACUCACAUUAGGUUGCAAAACUUAGAAGACUCCAUUGCUAAAUAGUUAUGUUGUUAUAUACUCUGAGAAUGUUACAUUGUCUCUGAUAACUCAUUGUUGUAUAUUAGCAUAAUACUCUACGUUAGGACUCCAGGAUGUGGAUUUAUGUUUAAAAUUGUAAACACUCACAUUGGGUAGGGGGCUGCUAUCCUGUGGUCAGCCAAGCACACUUGAACUUGGGGGCUUUGUGCAUGAAAGGAGGCACUCUCGAGAGCAUAGACAUGGAAUAUGGAGGGACUCAGGUUGCCCCCAAAGAACUAACAAAGCAAGCAAAGAGUAGCUUUGCUACUUUGCAGCUUCUUAAGAGUAAGAAUUUUAAUAUAAUUUUUGAAAUCAGUGGUCCAUGGCGUAAAUACUGAAUGUAUUCAUUCUGCAAAGCCCCUGCAUCAGCCUGGCCCCAGCUGCCCAGGGCAACUGGACACUUCUUAUCCAAAAUAUUUAAUAAUCUGAAGUGGUGGGGCCUUCAAGCCAUCCUUUGGUUUGGUUGCGUGGCUUCUCUAUCCAGAACUGGAGUGGGGUAAAGAAUGCACCAUUUUUACAGGGCAUACCUUUGUCAUUAUAAAAUUCUGAGAGAGAUGCAAAUUCUCUCUCAGAGAUUCCAUUGAGGAUCAAGUUUUUUGUUUUUUUUUUAAUCCAUAAGCCUCACUGAAAUCUGACCAUAUCGGAAGGUUUAUGUAUCAAAAAUCUCUCCAAACACAGAGUUGCACAGAGUUGCAGCCCUAAAAUGUAUAAUGAGUGAAAAUUUCUCCUCUGCUGUCAUUUAAAGCACAGCAAUGUGUUACAAUGUUAUUAUGUAGUAUAAAUGCUGGACUGGAAAAACUGCUAUUUUAGACCAUUAUUAGCAUUCAAGGUUUAUGUAUCAAAAAUCUCCCCAAACACAGAGUUGCACAGAGUUGCAGCCCUAAAAUGUAUAAUGAGUGAAAAUUUCUCCUCUGCUGUCAUUUAAAGCACAGCAGUGUGUUACAAUGUUAUUAUGUAGUAUAAAUGCUGGACUGGAAAAACUGCUAUUUUAGACCAUUAUUAGCAUUCUGUGUGUGUGUGUGUGUGUGUGUGUGUGUGUGUGUGUGUACACAACAUAGAAUAUAUAAUAUAUACAUAUAUAUAUUCAUACCCUUCCCAAUUAAGAGUUGUGUGAAAGCUGCACAGGAUUACAGAGGCAUCUAUAUCAUCACUUUUGCUCUUUAAUUAAUCUUGUGCUAUUUUGGUUACCAAGGUAAAAAGGACUCGGAUGAACUGAUUUUAAAAAAAUAAAGGAGCAAAUUUGCCACAUGACCGUAUAAUUGCGAAUGAUCUGUUCUAAGGGGUAACUUUACACUCUUUCCUUCUGGAAGAGAUCUAAAGGCUUCUAGGACUAAAACUUUUUUUUUUUUAAUUUUCAUGCACACCCCUCCCUUCCCAACCCCCCUCCAUGAUGGUGCCAGCUCUCAAGGUUGGUGUUUGGGAGCAACAUUCAAAGACAUAAAAUAGGGUUUGUCACUCCCAACUUGUCAGGAUAACAGACUCUACAACCUGAGAUGAAUUUAAGAAGUUCAGGAAGGUUGAAAGACUGGUUUAUAAAUAAAGAAAUCAAGCCCACUGGAA